AUGUUUUUCACUGGAGGAAUUGGAGUAUUCUGUGUUUACAGAAGAGCGCAGACUUGUCCUAGUUUGAAGCUACGGUUUCUGUCGACAAAGGCACACGAGCCACUCCGGAUAUUGUUCUGCGGCUCCGAUGAGUUCAGCAUAGCUUCUUUGAGAGCUCUCCAUGAGGAACAUUUAAAACAACCGGAUCGAAUCUCUUCCAUUGAUGUCGUUUGCAGACCAGGAAAAAGGGUUGGAAGAGGACUGAAGAAAAUCCGCGAGGUUCCGAUUAAAGCAGCCGCAUCGAAGCUGUCUCUUCCAAUUCAUGAGAUCGACACUUUUAAGGGCUGGACGCCACCUAUGCUUUCUGGAGGCCCUAUCAAUCUAAUAGUGGCCGUUUCUUUUGGGCUGUUCGUACCUCCUCGAAUUCUCAACGGUGCCAAAUACGGAGGAUUAAAUGUUCACCCCUCGUUGCUUCCAGAUUUCCGUGGUCCCGCACCGCUACACCAUACCCUCCUAGCCGGUAGAACCAGGACCGGCAUCUCGUUGCAGACUCUACAUUUGAAGCACUUUGAUCAUGGUGUCAUCCUUAAGCAGACACCAUCUCCUGGAUUUGAAAUACCAAAUCCCAACUCGUGUACAGUCCCAGAACUCUUAAAUACUGUUGCGCCGAGGGGAGCACAGAUACUUGUCGAAGGUAUCAGGGAUGGGCUUUUUGUUCCACCUCUCAAGGAUGCAGGCUGGAGGGCCUCUGAAGGACAGGAGGGCCUGGUUCAUGCAGCCAAGAUUACGCCAGAGGACCGACAUAUCAACUGGGCAAACUGGACUUGGGCGGAGAUAAACAGGCGAAACCGUGUCUUGGGCCCGCUGUGGACCAAGGCCCUUGUGUCCACUGAAUCUCCAAACGGGUCUACCUUUCAACACAAGAGAGUGAUCAUCACAGAAAUGGAGGAAGUCACUCCGCCCGCGGGCUGUGAUGCAUUCUCUCUUGUUCCUGGCUUGCCAUUUGUGAAUGGCGUUCGUCCAUUUGAACCUCGACAAGAAAAGGGGCUUUAUGUAUUCACGCAAGAUGGGAAAUUGAUACGCAUACACCAGAUGAAGGUGGAAGGAGAACAAAAUACAGAUGGGCUUCGAGCGGCCCUCAAAGCACGGAUGAUCGGCGAUCGAGUAUUUCACUCAAAUGCUGGCGAUUAUACCCCUUCCUACAACCCUCUUCAAUGA